GGAAAUGAAAGUGGAAGCAAAGAGCCCUCGUGAACCCUGAGAGGUGCAUUUCAGGCCCUGCUGUUGCUGGAGGAGGCCGAAGCCCCACAAAGGGUACAAGCAAGCCUUUAGCAGUGGUGGACUCUGCCACUUCGUCCCCAGCUGAAGCGUCAACGUUUGCCAACUGGAGCCCAGACCCAUGUUUGCCCUCCACACCCUCCUGGAGGAGCAGGUCAGACUAAGGGAGAGGCUUCAGGAGUUGCAACAGCUGAAAAGGGACCCCAGGAAUGCCCCCCAAGACAAGGUCCCAUUCCCAGCGCCUGAGUUCCCCCUGGUAUUUCGAGGCCACACUCAGCAGGGCAGGGAAGUGCCCAAGUCUUUGAUUUCCAACUUGCGGAUCCGCUGCCCUCUGCCUGGAGGCUCAGCUCUGAUCACCUUCGAUGACCCUAAGGUGGCUGAGCAGGUGCUCCAACAAAAGGAGCAUAAGAUUGACAUGGAGGAGUGCCGACUGCGGGUGCAGGUCCAACCUUUGGAGCUGCCCAUGCUGACCACCAUCCAGAUGUCCAGCGAGAUCAGCAGCCGGAGGGUGCUGGUCAGUGGGUUUCCUGCAGGGCUCAAGCUGAGUGAGGAGCAGUUGUUGGACAAGGUGGAGAUCUUCUUUGGCAAGGCCUCCAUUGGGGGUGGUGAUGUGGAGAUUCGAGAACUGCUACAAGGAGGUGUCAUGCUGGGUUUCACCAAGUAUGGAGUGGCCCAGCGCCUGUGCCAGAUUGGCCAGUUCAAGGUGCCACUGGGUGGGCAGCAGUUCCUUCUAAGUGUCUCUCCCUACAUGAGUGGGGAGAUCCAGAAAGCUGAGACCUGGUUCCAGCCAGUGCCCCGCUCAGUGGUGGUGUUCAACAUCCCCGACGUCCUGGAUGGCCCAGAGCUGCACGAUGUCCUGGAGAUCCAUUUCCAGAAGCCCACCCGUGGGGGCGGGGAAGUGGAGGCCCUAAGAGUUGUGCCUCCUGGAGAGCGGGGCCUGGCGGUCUUCACCUAUGAGUCGGGCUAGGGGUCUGUCCUUCACAUCACCGACCCCAACCCCUCUGCCAAGGAAUCCUCCCCCUGGAACCUCGGCCUUCAGGAGUCCUACCCCCAGGACCUCCUUCAGAAGCCAUCUGCUCACCUUCUCGAAGGGCCAGACCGAGUCAAUGUGGGGCUUGAUGAGGCCCUGGUUGUACAGAGCCACCAGGCGGGCCACCACACUACUGACCAGCUCCACCUCGCCCUCCAGCUGGCCCAGAUGGAAGCCGCACACAGCCCGGUUGGCCUGCAGCAGCUGUAGUGCUGUCACACUGAACUGAUUCCACCAGGUGCGGGCCACGGCCAUCAGGUUCCGCUUGGGGCCUGUCAGCAUGUUGGCGGCUCCUGAGGGAUCAGGCACAGCCAGUGAAUCCAGGUGCUGGGCAUAUCCUGGCAUGUUUGCAUCCAUUGUCCGCCCUCUGUGGUCCCCUUACAAUUAUCCACAACAGUGCUAGAGAUGACAGGACUGUCCUCAACCUGCUAGCUACCAGGCCCAAACCGAUUUCAGCUGACUCAAAAAUUGCUCUCAUCUUUAUUCUUUGUGUGAAAUAGUUUUUUAAAUGGACACACAGCUUGCCCAACAAGCCCACAAGUUAGGUCAGAAGGAAGGCAAACUGGUUGACUUUGCAUCAGCAACAAUCCCUAAAAAGGAGCACGGAGGGAACACUGAGAAUUUACUAGAAUUGGCAUGAAAAGUUGUGAAAGAGGACAGUAGCUGGCACCCAGGAAGCAGCAAUCUGAAUGCCAGGGACCACUCCCAGCCCUGGUGCUCUCUACAAAGCACUGUCCCUUCUCCCAUUCCAAAGCCCUGGAGCCCUGAGCCCCACCCCUCAGACCCACCCUCCUUCCUCUAAUAUCCCCUCUCCUUCCCUAACCCACUAACUCACCAUAGGUGACGACUUUGCCCAUGGGUUUGAGAAGGUUGUAGCCCUUGGCAGUGUCUGACCCACCCAGAGGGUCCAUGACGAUGUCCACUCCUGCCACAGAGUCACGGGAGCCAGGAACAGCUUUAGGAUCCAUAGGUCUAGCGACUCCCUCCCUGACCCCACGUCCCACACACCUCCCAUGCCCUGAUCCCCACCUUUAGGGGAGACCUUUUUGACCUCGUCCACAUAGUCACUCGUGUGAUAGUCGAUGGGGUGUGCGACCCCAUUCUCCUUCAGUACUUCGUGCUUGCUGGCCGAGGCCGUUCCAAACACGGUCACAUUCUCCACUGUACGGCACAGCUGCAGGGCUGCCAUACCCACACCCCCUGUGGAGACACCCAUAACAGGGAUAUGGAGUAGCCUGGCUAUCACUCCCCAUGCUAGCAUCUCAAGGGCCGGGUCCAUAACCCUCAUCUUGCCUCAUUUUGACUGGGGCUUUCCUCCCUCAUUCUAUAUCUAAUUUCCAUAAUUGAGAAUUGGGGGCAGGUGGGUGGAGAGGAGGGGGUGCUGGGUGAGGGCACUGUUAAUACGGACAGCACACUAGGCUGGACCUGGUGCCUGAAUGUUUCCAUGGCAACAGCACUGCAGAGGCCUCUGGGCGCCAGAGGCCAAAGCAGCCUGGUGUUGCCAUGACUACGACAGUCCAGACAAGCUGCAGGAAAGGGGCCUAGAAGGAAAUCUGGGUAGGGUGAGCAGGGGAGAUAAAGGGAAGGAGCCUGUCACCUGCAGCCAUGUGUACCAAGACGCUGUGGCCAGGCCGCAGGUUGCCGAAGUCAAAGAGAACCAUGUAGGCUGUGAUGUAAUUGACCAGCAAGGCAGCGGCUUCCUCAAAGGUCAUGGCCUCAGGCAUUAGGAAGGUCUGGGCUGAGGGCACAGUCACCUCCUCCUGCCACAUCCCCGACUUGAUCAACACCAUCACCCGGUCCCCUUCCUUGAGGAAUGGAAGAAGAACAUCAUUCAGUCACUCAUUCAUUCACCCACAGAUUUAUUGACCUUCAACUAGGUACCCAGUCCUCUUUUUGACAAUGAAGUCGUAGUAGAAGCAGCAGCAGAAGUCACAGUAAUAACGAUGACAAAUAAUAACAUGAACAACAAAAAUAGCAACUUAAUGAGGACCAGUCCCUAUUUUAAAUGCUUUAUAUGUAAAUGCUCAUUAAAUCCUUACACCAGCUCUUUGAGGUAGAUACUACUCUUAUCUCCAAUUUACAGAUCUUACAUUUGGCUAUUGUGUAAGAUCCUUGAACACAAGAAGUUACAGUUAAGGCAGUAUGAAGCAGUAAGAGGUCAAACUCCUCGGUUAAAAAAUGGGCUCCACCAUUUAUUUAACUGUGGUGCAACCUCGGGCAAAUUUAAAUUACUUAACCUUUCUGAGCUCCAGUUUCCGCAUUUGAAAAUUAGGGCAGUUACGAUUAAUGAAAAAAAUAAUUAUCUAACGGGUUUAGCACAACGUCUGACACACUGUAGUGCUCCAUAAUGGGAUAACAGCAAGGAGGGAAGAUCAGAAUCCAACAACUGAAGGUAGAGGGUAUGUGGUAAAGGCCAUAACCAAAGAGCAGGUAAAGGUCUCUGUGAGUUUAGGGCUGGGCGUGGUCACCCAGGAGAAGUUACCAGUAUUGGGGGCCAAGUAAACACCUUUCCCCAGAGAUGGCAAGGUGGCCGAGGAGAGCCACGGUCCCAUUUACCAGGGAAAUGCUUCCCACUCCCACCUCUCAGCCACUUGCAGGACAGGGGCAAAGGUAACAGAGCCUUUCCCCCGAGCUUAUCAACUGGGAUCCAAGGAAGGACAGAGAAUGGUGAUCAGGAGAAAGGAGGGCUUCUCAUCACUCUCUGAAGAGCCUCAGGAAGGAGGUGUGGAUGCUGUCCCAGGACAAACGGGGUCUGUUUGGGCCCUUGCCAGGAAUGAUGAGAAUUCUGUAUAUCAACAAGACUUAGAAUUCAUGGAGAAAGGGGAUGGGACUCUGCCACACACCCAUUUUCAUGUCCUCAGCCCCCACACUCCACCCAAGAGGAGGACCCAGGACUGGGAUCCUUCCCAGCAAGUCCUGGCCUGCAGAUGAGGUCUGAGGAAUGGAUCCUCUCCACCCCAGCACUCAGGGGUAGCUAACUUAGAAAUGGCCCUCCAGAGCACGGGAAGGGGUAGUGGCCCGUUGGGCCCAGAUCUGACCCAGAAUAAGUCUCACCCUGGCUCAUGUCCACUCCUCAGCUCAACCCACGGCUGGGCCAUGCCCCCUCCCCAGCCCAGACAUCAGGAGGGAGGGGGAAACCUCCCCCCCAGAAUCUAGGCUCUUACAUCAGAUUGAGCCCUGGACGGGAUAGCCUGUAUUUACCAGGUGGAAAGUGUGGGAGGGGAGGUCAGGUGGAUGGCCUUCAGCAAGCCCUCCCCCACAAAAAUUCCUCUUAGCGCCUUCCCAAGAGCAGGGUUACUUAAAACUGAGUGGAGAGGGUGGGGCCGGAGCUGAAUUUGGGAAGCUCUUUAAGAAGGAGCUGUUUGCGGUACAAUAAAGCCAAGUAAUCCAGUUCUGGUAUCUGGGUCUGGCCGUGGGGCAAGAGGAAGGCUGCAUCAGGGGCUGCAUCUCAGGGGCCUCUCUUGCAAGCGCCAGACUUAAAAAAUAAAAUAAAAAAUGACCUGCAGUGGCCUCACCCCAGGUCUCUCAAAAAAUUGGUCAUUUAGGACUCUCCUGUCCCCAGGGUUGUGGCUAAGAUUAAUGAUAAAUGGAAAGGAGAAACAGAGCAGCAGAGCUGCGCCAACCUGCUCACGGUGCCACACCUCCCCACCUAGGCCAAAUGGACACAGCAGGGUUUCUGAGGCAGGGGUCCUGCACAGGAAGGCGGAGGCGGAUUCCGCUGGACCUUCCCAAGGCCAGCCACGCCUGCUGAGUCACGGGAGGAGGAAAUAUUGCAGUCAUAGGGGACAGAGAGCCCCAAACAAAGAUCCGGAGCCCCAAUCCCGCCUUCUUCACCCCAAGGCCGAACGGGCAAAGGAAGUCCUCUGGCUGUGGGGGACCAGGUCUCCCACUGCCCCAUGAUGGGCGUGUUCCGUCACUCCGGCCCUGCUCCGGGAUGGGCCGCCUCACACCCCCGCAGACCACGGGGCUGCAUGUGACUCGGCCUUUGGCACGGCGGCUGCGCCCUCGCCCAAUUCCGACUACCCACAUCUCCAGCUCCCUCGGGGAAACGGGGCUCUACCGUCACUCCGGGUCACAGACCACAAUUAUUCAGGGAGUGUUUGGGGGUCAGAGGUACAGGUACGGUUUUACUAAGAGGUGGUGGGCGUUAAGAUGUGCGCAUGCGCAAGGGCGCCUUAUUGUUUCUUUUCCCCCCCUCCCCGCCUCUGGGCGGUGGCCGCAGCUAAAAAUGAUUUGGGAGGGGGCGAUAACUCCACAAAA